GUAAAAAGUGCUGCAGUUGAUCCGAAGGGGUAUAACUUACCUAUUGUCUUUACUCUCGGGCAGACGUGUUUUCUUCCCUCCGUCCACCCAUACUCGGCGCCAUUCGACCGGCCAUGUUGCGUGUAAUAAAACCUAAGAACGCUCGCUCAAAACGAGCUUUUGAAGCUCGAGAGCCGAAGGAAGUAGAGGAUGCACGCACCGCAAUAUUCGUUCGUGGUACACAUACCGGCGACCUACUCAAUAAUGUUAUGAAGGAGCUUAUGGCACUCAAACGCCCGAAUGCCAUCUCAUUCUCCAAGAAAAACGCAGUCCGACCAUUCGAGGAUGCCUCAUCACUAGAAUUCUGGUCCAACAAGAACGAUGCGUCUAUGUUUGCCGUUGGGCAGACGACGAAGAAACGACCGAAUGGUUUGACGCUUGUACGGACGUUCGACGGGAAAGUCUUGGAUAUGUGCGAGGUCGGAGUGGAGAAAUUUGUUAGCAUGAACGAGUUCAAGACACCAAAAUCUACACCAGGCCACAAACCAAUGAUGCACUUUGCCUCGGAAUUGUUCGAUAGCCACCCCCGUUACAUCCAACUAAAAUCUAUCCUGAUGCACCUUUUCAACGGCGAAGAAGUCGACCAGAUACAUCUCGUCGGUCUUGAACAUGUCAUCAGCGUUACCGUCGCUCCUACCCCCACUUCCCUAACUUCUACUGCACCCUCCACCUCGACGGGUACGGCCUCCCAAGAGGACACAAAAAACCUGCCUAAGGUUCACAUCCGAUGCUUCACCCUCAAACUCCUUGCUUCUGGCGUACGUACCCCGCGAGUGGAGCUUGUCCCCAUGGGCCCUUCAUUGGACCUGUCGCUCCGGAGGCAUCAGGCCGCAGACCCGGAGAUGUGGAAGAUGGCGAUGAAGAGGCCAAAGCUGAAGAAGCAGGAUGUGGAAAAGGGUUUGGGGAAGAAGAGGAAGAAUCUGGAGGUGGACGAUAUGGGAGAUUUGAGAGGAAGGGUGCAUGUGGCGAAACAAGAUCUCAACAAGCUUCAGACGAGGAAGAUGAAGGGUCUGAAGAAGGGUUUCGGCACAGAGGAGGAUGGCGAAGACGAAGACGACGACGAAGGAGGCGCAGACGAUGGGGGGAGAAGCAGGAAGAAACGGAAAGCGGAGUAGAUGGACAGUCAACCUGUCGAGUAACGUCUUCGUCUCUGUCCUUGUGUACCUGCUUGCUUGUUUUUCGGGUUUCGGAUGUUGAGAGACAGGAACUCCUGAGAGUAAUAGCAACAGCAGAUGUCUGUCCGGAUGCGACUUCCUCGCCGAAGCAUCAAUGUAGACCGUCUUGACGAGCAUACAUUUCAUUGUGGGAUAUAUAUGAAGUGCGAUUUGCAGGAUUCACACACAACACGACCACGGUCAUCCACCAGAGACAGGACAAAUGAUCGCGAUUUCCUCUCCGCCUUUUAGUAUCACCUCCUCAGGAUCCUCAACCAUCUCCGCAUCAACACUCCAUUGACUGCCUUCGAGCACCUUUCCAAGCGAUGUAUCAGGGUGUCGAGAUGUCAAGAGUGAUGCAAGCGAGGAAAGACGCAUUGGAUUAUCGGAUGCAGUCUCAGGGGGUAGAGUGAUGCGCUCGGAGGCUAGCCCGGUAGCG